AUGGGUAUCUUAGACGUUAUCAAAAGAAAGGAAGGUGUCAUUGUCGGUGACGAUGUCAGAGCUUUAUUCACCUAUGCCAGAGAACACAAAUUCGCUAUCCCAGCUAUCAACGUCACUUCCUCCUCCACUGUCGUUGCUGCUUUAGAAGCCGCCCGUGACAACAAGUGCCCAAUCAUCCUUCAAACCUCCAACGGUGGUGCCGCUUACUUCGCCGGUAAGGGUGUCUCCAACGACGGUCAAAACGCCUCCAUCAGAGGUUCCAUCGCCGCCGCUCACUACAUCAGAUCCAUCGCUUCUGCUUACGGUAUCCCAGUCAUCUUACACUCUGACCACUGUGCCAAGAAGUUAUUACCAUGGUUUGAUGGUAUGUUAGAAGCCGAUGAAGCUUACUUCAAGCAACACGGUGAACCAUUAUUCUCCUCCCACAUGAUCGAUCUUUCCGAAGAAACCGACGAAGAAAACAUCUCCACCUGUGUCAGCUACUUCAAGAGAAUGGCUGCUAUGGGUCAAUGGUUAGAAAUGGAAAUCGGUAUCACCGGUGGUGAAGAAGAUGGUGUCAACAACGAAAACGUCGACAAGGAUGCUUUAUACACCAAGCCAGCUCAAGUCUACGCCGUCUACGAAGCUUUAGCUCCAAUCUCUCCAAACUUCUCUAUUGCCGCUUCCUUCGGUAAUGUUCACGGAAGUUACAAGGUUGCACCAGCCUUAAAACCAGAAUUAUUAGCUGACCACCAAAAGUACGCCGCUGAAAAGAUUGGUUCUUCCGAAGCUAAGCCAUUAUACUUAGUCUUCCAUGGUGGUUCCGGUUCUUCUGUCCAAGAAUUCAGAACUGGUAUUGACAACGGUGUUGUUAAGGUCAACUUAGACACUGACUGUCAAUUCGCUUACUUAAAGGGUAUCAGAGACUACGUCUUAAACAAGAAAGAUUACAUCAUGACUAUGGUCGGUAACCCAACUUCCGAAGAUGCUCCAAACAAGAAGUACUUCGACCCAAGAGUGUGGGUUAGAGAAGGUGAAAAGACCAUGUCUGCCAGAAUUGUUGAAGCUUUCGAAGCUUUCAGAACUCAAAACACUUUAUAA